CCAAUACCUCAAACUCUUAACUCUCUCCUCUUUCUCUAUCAAAAAACACACAACGCUUUAAAAAAACAGGGGCGACUUCGAUCACAAAGAACAUACAUUGUGCAAAAAUGGCAAGAAAGUUGAGUACUUUAGUUGCUUUUGCAGCAAUAAUAUUUGCUUUAUUACAACAUGUUUCAAUGGCACAACGAACUCAUAUUGUUGGUGAUGCUUUGGCUUGGACUGUUCCUAGUGGUGGCGCCGCCGCUUACUCCGCCUGGGCUUCCCGGAAAACCUUCGCCGUCGGCGACAUUCUUGUAUUUAACUUUACAACCGGAUUGCAUAGUGUGGCUGAGGUGUCAAAGGCAGCUUUUGAUUCAUGCAAUACCUCAAGCCCAAUUUCAAUAUCCACUAAUGGGCCAACAAACAUUACUUUGAGAACUGCUGGAUCACAUUACUUCCUUUGUACCAUCCCAAGCCAUUGUGCAUUGGGCCAGAAAUUGGCUAUCAAUGUCUCCGCAGCCUCUGGUUCCGUCUCUCCCGCUCCUCAGCCAGCUGCCUCUAGGCCCAUCACUCCUCCUACCGCCACCCCGGUGAUGGCUCCUUCGGUGAGCCCAUCGACAGCUCCCGCCCCAUCUGUGUCUGUCACUCCGGCAACAGCACCUGCACCUGCACCUGCUAGUGUAGCCCAAACUUACAUUGUUGGGGAUAACAUGGGCUGGAAUGUACCUACUAGUGGCCCAGUUUCUUAUCAAAGAUGGGCUAAUGGCAAAUCCUUCAAGGUUGGAGAUACUCUUGUUUUCAAUUUUGUCAAUGGGGCACACAAUGUUGCCACAGUUAGAAAGGCAGCUUAUGACUCAUGCAACACAACUUCUCUAAUAAACACAAUUAGCACUGGUCCAGCCAGAAUCACACUCACAAAUUCUGGUGAACAUUACUACAUUUGCACAUUCCCUAGACAUUGCUCAUUGGGUCAAAAGCUAGCCAUCAAUGUCACUGGCACCGACGCGGCGGCCCCCGCCCCCACGCCUUCCACCGCCACCACUCCAUCCAGCUCCACCGUCCCCUUAGGAGAUUCUCCGGUCACUUCGCCACCACCACCAAGUGCCUCAGCUCCAUCUUUGGUUCUUGCAGCUUUGCCAGUCACUUUCUUGUCACUUGUCUUUGCUAGGUUGUUCAAUUAGAGAGUGUUAUAGUGUCGAUUUUAUGUAAUUUAGUUGGCCAGUGUAAUUUUAUUUAUUUAUUAUCAUCAAUACAAAUUAAAGUAAUCAACUUACACGCACUUUAAAUAUUUCACUGAAUA